CCUCUCGGAUAUUCCAACCUACGAACGAUUACCUUUUUAUCUGUCUAAUUAUUUCUUUCACGAGCUAUUUUUUUCUUUUUUACUAUUUUCUCCUUAAUAAUAUCGUAUAAUAUCGUAACAUAUUUUUUUACGCUAAAUCUUUACGCUUUUUUUUUUGUUUUUAUUAAAAAUCGCCCAUCUAAUUAGAUGUCAAUGCGUAUUUUUACGUCAUGACAAAAAUUAAUAUCUUUCGAAUAAAUGCGCAUGCCUCCAUUUUACUGCACUUUUCUUCGUGACAUUUUUUUCAAAGAAGAUUUAUACAAUCUUAUUUGCGUUUUCAUGGGGAACUCUAUAAAUUUAUUUGCAAACGUGAAAACUCAUAUUCAAAUGACAUUUAUCAUAGGAUCGUGGUAUUAUUUCGCAACAAGAAAGAUAAAUAUAUUGUGUAAUAAGUUAUUUAAAUUAUACGAUAACAUAUUCCACCUACAAACGGACAAAGAUUAGAAGAAAUAUUCAUUCGUAUCUAAUUUUACGUAUCUCACGUAUGCGAUAGCUCUUCUCUUCUUCUUGCUUUUUUUUUUCUUUCUUUUUUUUUUUUCUUUCUUUUUUUCUAUCGUGGUUAUGAGAAGAGGAGUCGUCCUGGAGUACAUAUAAAGCCACUCGAGGAAUCGACGAAAGAUUUUCCAUUCCACGUUGAAUCGCGCCAGAACGCACUUUGAGAGAGAAAAUAUAAUUUCCGGUUUUUCGUAGAUUUUGUAGACGAGAACAGUGAUAGAUUUAAAAUGUAAGAAGUCAAACGGUAAUACAGGCAAUCAAUGAAUUUGACUGAGAUCGAAGGAUUUUCAAAGAAACGAUUUAAUCAUUUGGAAAACUAUUUAUGACGAUGAGGAUAACGACGAUGAACCGGUUAUACGUUUUCCUUUUUCUCGCGAGUAUCUCUGCAUCGGAAAAGAUACGUUACGACGGUCAUAAACUCUACAAGGUCCAUGUUGAUAAUUACGAUAGUUUGAAUGCCUUAACGAAUAUGCAAGAAGACGAGGGUUAUAAUUUUUGGAAUUUAACGAGGAUGAAUGAUUCCUCGUUAAUCGUCGUUGCUCCAAAAAGAAUCGAUGAGUUUGAAAAGAUCGUUAACAGUAACAAAAUGUCAGCCACGUUAAUGAUGGACGAUCUUCAACGUUAUAUCGACGAAGAGAAUCCGAACGUCGAUGGGAGACGCACUUUUGAUUGGACAGCUUAUUAUAGGCUCGACGUGAAUCGAUUGUGGAGGAAGAAUUUGAAACGAUACGGGCUGAGAUGUAAAGGCGUUGAUCUCAAUCGAAAUUGGGAAUCUCAUUGGGCAGAAAUAGGAACAAGUUCUAAUCCCUGCGCUGAAACAUAUCCAGGACCCAAAGCAUUCUCUGAAAUCGAAUCGAAGUCGAUGUCAAGGUUUCUGAAAAGUAUACCGGAAAAAUUGACGGCUUAUCUAGCCUUCCAUAGUUUCAGCCAAUUGUUGCUUAUACCGUUCGGUCAUAGCAACGAAAGAAUCGACAAUUACGACGAUCUUAUGGAAAUAGGAAAGUUCUCCGUCAAGGCUCUAUCCAAGAGAUACGGUAUCGAUUACACCGUUGGAAACGUAGUCGAUGUUAUUUAUCCAGCAGCUGGUAGUUCGAUGGAUUGGGUUCGUGCCGCGAUUGGUCCUCGUAUAACUUACACGUACGAGCUUCGUGAUAAAGGCCGAUACGGUUUUUUGUUACCAGCUAAUCAAAUCAUUCCUACGGGAGAGGAAACGAUGGAUUCCUUGAUCGGCAUGUUUCAAAAAGCAUUGGAUCUUGGAUAUGGAUCACGACCAUAAUUAAUUCACUUUAACGUUCUUGCCAUACAAUUGAAAAGAAAUUUUAUUUAUAAAUUUCUUUCUUUUACAUUUAAUAUCGCAUUUAUUAAAUCACUUUUGUCUUUUAAUAUUAUCAAUGAUAUAUUAUAAGUAACAAAACAUUAUGUGAAUAUCAACAAUAAUAUUAUGUGUAUAAAAGCCAAAUGUAAAUAAUGGCAUCAUCGAUCGUCGACUGUUAAAAUAUUAUCGAGCUGUUUUGAUUAUAAAAUCGAGUGGUAAGAUAAGUGUCCUUAAUUAAGAAAUGGAUUUAAUUAAAAAAUGAACUAAAAUACUUAGUAUAUCUAAUAAUAAAUAGAUUACAUUCUAAUAUAUCAUAUCAUCCGCUCCGAAUUAUUCCUAAUAAUCUUAUAGAUUUAUAUCGGUCGUUAUAUAUCCACGAAAUGCGUUAUCAAGAGUAACAUGACCUGAAUAUUUCUAAUUAAUCCGUUUUAUUUGAUUCUUCCAAAGAAAUUAUUUUAUUCGGUAAAUUUUCAUUACCAAUUAAGAUUCUCUCCAACCGAAGAAUCACGUGAAGAAUCGUUAAUCUGUGUGUGUGUGUGUGAUAAGUAAUCACGUUUAAAAUAAAUAGAAAUCUUUUCAAUAGAUUAGAAAGUAAUUAACUAACGACAUUGUAAACAAAAAAAGCCGAUCGAUCAUCAAUGCGACGAGUUUUUUGUAAAAAUGACCGAUAACAAUAUUAACGACGGAAAAUACAUACUCGGCUAAUCUCCA